AUGACUGAUCUAAUUAAGGGACUUCUCUCUCAGAUGAGUAGCAAAUUCAAUGAGCAAACAAACUCUGAAUUGGUAAAAAACUUGGACUAUCAAGAGGACAAGACACUUAAGUGGAAAACAUUGAUUAACAAUACAUACGCGAAAAAAGAGAAGAGAAAUAAAAAUAGAAAAAGUAAAGAUGGUGAAGAUUCAGCCGACGAUAAAACUUCAGUUCAACAGCAGUUACCAUUGUCGUCGGAAAGUUCUUUAAGUGAUUUAAGUUCGCCAGCUGGUGCUGGUUUGUUAAGUGAUAUCAAAACUGGUGAAGAUAAAGUUAUGGAUCAUCCAGAAAGCUCAAAAUCUCAGCUAAUAAUAGAUGAGAAGUUUGGUAAUAAUGUUAAAGAGAAAAAAAUCGUAAUUGACGAUGAUUUACAUACACCCGAACAAAAAAGUGCUGCAGCAACCAGCACACAUACAAGCGCAUGUAAAGAGAGCGACGAUGAAAAAAAUAUUUCAACUAAUUUACCUCAAUUGAAUACAAACAGUCAAGCAAUUGAAAGCACCAAAGUAACAACCACAAAAUCAUCAACAGCAACUGAUAAGAAGAAUGAUGAUAAUGUAAUAAGCAGUAAGAAUGAAGUCGCAUGUGUUAGUGUUGCUCUUGGUGAUGAUGAUAAGAGAACGGCCGGCUCAAGCCGAAAAACAAAUUCCAUCAGCAAUUUGAGCAAAGUUAUUGAUAAAACAACAUCACCACGAAAUUUAAGAAGUAACAGAAACGUUACACAAACGUCGACAACACUAACACAUAAGUCGACUUCGAGCAGUGCCAGCACUAUGUCGGAUGAUAAAAAUAAAAAUGAUGAAACAACAAUUAAGAGCGAUUUGGAUGAGAAUGAAGUUACAAAUGAAGAUUCUUCUCAAUCUUCAGCUAUAAGAAAAGGUCGUGGACGACCAAAACUUGAAAAUAAAAUUGUAAGUAAUGAUUUAAUUGAGAGUGAAGUUGAAGGAAUUGUAAAACGUGGUCGAAGAACACGAUCAACUCUUGAAACAGUUGAUGAUAAAAAAAUAGAUCCAUCAAUAGUUGUGGAUGAAUUUGAAGUGAAGAAAGAAACAGAAAAUGAAGAAACACCCAAACGUCGUGGACGUUCUCGUAAGUUAGCCGAAGAAAAAGAUUCUGAAUUGCAUGAUGAUGACAAAUCUCAAGAUCAAAGUGACUCACCAAAACGAAAGCGUGGACGAUUUAAUAAAAAACCAAAUGAAACAGAAACUGUCGAAGAUAACAAAAGUGAAACUUCAAAAUCGAUUGAAAAUAGUGACGAUGUAAAGCCGCGCUUACUCAUGACGAUACGGACUGAUAAAUCUGCAGUACCGAAAAUUAUUACAGCGCAGCCAAGUACGAAUGCAACGAAUGCAGACGAACAGGAGAAAAUUAUAAAGAAGCGCGGUCGUCGACCUAAAGCAACUUUAAUAACAAAACCAAUACAAGUAAAGAAAUCGCUUCGAUCUGUAAAAGAUGGUUCUGAAGCAGGAAAUUCAGAGAUUAUUAUACGUAAAGAAAAGCCCGAUCCGGUGAUCUUGGCACCACCAAUUGGACGAAUACGAUCACAACGUCGAAUUAAACCAACAGCAAAAAUUUUGGCAAAUGAAGAACUUCGUCAAGGUUUUGAAGUUACAAAUUGUAAACGUUUAAGUUUAAGCAAUGAAAAUUUAAUGGAAAAUUUCGAUCGAAGUCCAACAAUGAGAAGCAGUGGAAAUGAAACGUCAAGCAAUAAAUCGCCGAUCACAUCGUCACCAGAAAAAUCUCCAAAAGCCUUCAUUGAUUCCAACCAGGAUGCUGAUACAAAUGUAAUACUCAACGCAACUGUUAAGAAAACCUGUCGUGAUCCUCAAGAGUUCAUUAAUGAAAUAAAAAGCUUUAAAAUUGGUGUCAGUCGAUCAUCAGAUGAUAAAAAGUUGACGAAAAGUCAACAACGUCGACUAACAAAAGCUAAAGAGAAGCAUUUAGGAUUAUUAGGUUUACGACCGAAAGUCGAUCAUUCAGAAACUUCCGAAGAAGAAGAAUCGUCAACAUCUGAAGAUUUCGUACCCACGAAAAUGAAUAAAAGCAAUUCAAAUCGUCCAGCAAUCACUUUAAGAUUAAGAAAUCAACGAGCUGCUGAAGCUGCAUACAGAAGAACUUUAAAUAUUCGUAAGAAGGAAAAUGCUGAGAAGCGACUCAAGAUGAAUGCUGAUCAACCACAACAAAUGGAAAUUGAAAUGAGCGACGAAGAUGAUUGUAUUGUCGUUGAAAGUAGCAAAAUAAUGACGACGCGCAAUGAGAAUAAUGUCUACGGUGUAAAUAAAGAGAACAAAAACGUCAAUCUCAUCUGUUCAUGUCAUCAAAGCACUAAAUAUUGGAUCAGUUACAUGCAAAGUCAACCAUUUGCUGUCAAUGGUAAAAUGUUUUGUUGUGCAAUUGAUGAGAUUGAAAGUCGUAAGAUUGGCUGUACAAAUGAAUUAGUUGAUUCGCUUAUCAAUUUAUACAGGCCAAGUGUGAAGGUCAGUUACAUGGCUCUUUGCAGCAGUCAUAAAAAGCGUCUUGUCUCGCAUAAUUGUUGUUCUGGAUGUGGAAUUUUUUGCACGCAAGGGACAUUUGUAAUAUGCAACAAUAAACACUUUUUUCAUCGCAAUUGCGCUACAAAAUACAUUUUAAAUACGCCAUAUGAACCCAACAAUCCCAACUACACGGGACCAACACUUUUACUGAAAUGUCCACAUUGUGGAAUUGACGCUCCCGAUUAUGAUUAUCGCGUGACUAUGAGAUGUGAGAAUUUACCUGUUUUUGUACAGCAUCGGAGUUCAACCGUACCGAAACCUGCAAAGAUGGGAAAUAUGCUAAGAAAUCCAACACAACAAAAAAAUCAUACACAAUUCAAUAGUUUGUCAUUAAAUGUUGAUAAAUUAAUUCCAGAAAGUGUUGGACACAUUUUGAAAGCAGCAAAUGAUCGACUGAAGUCACAAUCAUCAUCCAGCAAUGACUUGUCAAAGAUGUUCGCACCCAAAGAUGUUUUUAAUGCAAUGAAUCGAAAGGAUGGCGACGAUCGUAUCGCUGAAAUUGUUGCAUCGGGAUUUAAUUUCUUGACACCUUUGAGAGACUUUCAUAAUGGCACGUGCUUGCAUUUGAUAUCAAAUUUUGGGUCAUUGACCAUGGCAUAUUUGAUAUUAAGUCGCGCACAUUCACAUGACUUUGUGAAUCUUAUGGAUAAGGAAAUGCGAACGCCGAUCAUGUAUUCAGUGGCAGGGAAGAAAAACGACAUUCUUAAGCUUUUAUGUCAAUGUGGCGCUGAUGUAACAAUCAAAGGACCUGACGGUAUGACAGUUCUUCAUUUAGCUGCUAAAAGUGGAAAUUUACCAGCAACUCAAAUCAUCGUUGAAAAUUAUCGACAAAUUGCAACAAUUUCAAAGCUGCAGAGAUUUAUCAACACAACUGACGAUGGAAAUUGGACUUCUUUGGUGUGGGCAGCUGAGAACGGUCAUGGGGAGAUUGUCAAUUAUUUAAUUAGUCUUGGUGCCGAUCCAAAUAUUUGUGAUUCGGAAAACAACACAGUUCUUCAUUGGGCAUGUCUUGCUGGGAAGUUGGAGUCGAUUUAUCCACUCGUUGCGAACACAGAUCUUAACAUUCAAAAUAUUCAUGGCGAUACGGCACUUCACAUUGCAGCACGACAAUCUAAAUUGAAGAUUUGUAUGCUUCUAAUGGCUCAUGGUGCAAGUUUAAGUGUUAAAAAUAUGGCGAAUGAGACGCCUUUGGAUGUGAGCGAUGAGAAGAGUGAUUGCGGGAAAUUAUUGAAGUUUAACAUGGAAUUGAGAAAGCAUGGAAUUGGUGGAUGGAAAUCAAACAUUGGAGACAAAUUAGUUUUAUCAAAUGACAUUUCGAAUGGUCGUGAGAUUUAUCCGAUACAAAUCAUAAAGAAUCUUCAAAUCCAACAUAAUGAAGAAAUUAUUUUACCAGACUUCAAAUACAUCACGAAAAAUAUUCUGCUUCAAAAUUCAAUCCAAAUUGAUCAGCGAAUUUCACAAAUGAGAGUUUGUUCGUGUAGUGAUAAUUGCAUCUCAGACAAUUGUCAAUGUGCUCAAAUCUCUCUUCAAAAUUGGUACAACAUUGAUGGACGUUUAAUUGCAAACUUUAAUUAUGCCGAUCCGCCAAUGCUUUUCGAGUGCAAUGAUGUUUGUCAAUGUAAUCGUUUAUUGUGCAAGAAUCGUGUCGUACAAAAUGGAAUUAAACUUCCACUUGUUGUUUUCGAAUGCGAUGAUAAAACAAAAGGUUUUGGUGUGAAGUGUUUGACCAAGAUAAGGAAAGGAUCGUUUGUAGCACAAUACACGGGAGAGAUUUUGACUGAUCAAGAAGCUGAUCGUAGAACUGAUGACAGUUACUUCUUCGAUUUAGGAGCUUCUGAUCACUGCAUUGAUGCCAACUUUUAUGGAAACAUCAGUCGCUUCUUCAACCAUUCAUGUUCAUCAAACAUCGUUCCAGUUCGUGUUUAUUUCGAACAUCAAGAUUUGAGAUUCCCUAAGAUUGCUUUCUUUGCAUCACGAGAUAUUGACAUCGGCGAGGAAAUUGCCUUCGAUUACGGCGAGAAGUUCUGGAUGAUCAAAUACAAAUAUUUCAAGUGUUUGUGUAAAUCGGAUAAAUGUCGUUACUCGAUUGAUACAAUUGAUCGAACUGUUGCUGAAUAUAAUCAGCGCAGUGCCAUGACUCAGUGAUCAAACUAAAAAGUUCUCAAACAGAGAUCAUUGAUUAAAAAAAAAUUAUUUAAGAAUUAUCAUAAAUUUCAUUAUUCGCUAGUCGUAAAUUUUUCCAGCAUUUUCUUUUUCUUUCUUGUUGGAUUUUCAUUGAAUAAAUCCAAUCGUCUUGCCUUCUAGCUGAUCGUCACUUUCCACACUUUUCACAUCACACGAGUCACCAGUUUGCAAGAGAAGUUUUGAUUAAAGUUUGAAGUUUUUCACAUAAUUUUUCACUUUUCACAAUAAACAAAUUUUACAUAUCUCUUGAUGGGAAAAGAUUUGAGUGUAAUUUUCGGAAAUUUUCAUAUAGAUAUUUGAAAGUCUUCAAAUUUUAUCUUUCUU